GCCGUUAUGGUAACGGGCAGAGGGGGGGGAACCGCCGCGGGGCCCCGGCUGCCCCGCGGCCCGCCGCCGAGCCGGGCGGCUCUGCUUCCCGGGUUUCGGGGGCCGUGCGGAGCAGCUCCGUGGAGGCAGGGCAGCCGCGGCGCCGACGGAGGGAGGGCGGGCGGGCGGGUGUGCCGCGGCCGUUAGGGCUGUGGGGAAGGGAGCGGGCCGGCUCCUGCGAAGGGAAGGGCUGCGCUCAGCCCAGGCCUGCGGGCAGUGACCGCCCUUCGCGGGUCUUCCUGACGCCAGUGUAGCUCUGGGGUUUGUGCCGGGGAGAAUGGGAGCUCCCGGCCUGACCUUUUGUGAUGAUGUUUGUAUCCUGCCGUUACCCUUCCUGAAGCUAAACAUUUCCUGGAAAUCCCUGGUGAGUCAAUUUUUCCUCUAGAUGCCAAGGAAGAAAUCUUGGAAGAAUGUGAGAGUUUUUGGAAGCAGAUGGAACAGUGUCAGAGCACACUAAAGCUUCUAGAAACAGAAACACUGACAGAAUCAGAUGCCCAGUUUUCCUUGCCUGUCAUGCAAAUGAAAGCUUUGAGAGCAGAGUAUAAUCAAUGGCAGAAAAGAAGUCCUGAAAUAAUUUCUACCAAUCCAGAUGUACUGUUUGCAUUAGGAAAAAAAGAGUUGCAGAAAGUAAAGAAUGAUCUUGAAAUGGUUCUGUCAACAGUUCAGUCAAAGAAUAAAAACCUGGAAGAAGAGCUGAGAAGAGAACAGCAGUGGUAUGAAGAACAGAAGCAGUUAGUAGAUACUCUUAGUAGAACUGAAGAGGAGACAAAAAAUGAAGUUGAACAACUUUCUGAUAAAAGUUUGAAUACUAGCGCAUUUCAUGAACAGAGAAAGAAAAUCUUGAAACUAAAGAGAUAUAAGAAAGAACUACUGACUGCUCUGGGUAAAUUCCUGGAAGAACAUUUUCCUCUUCCAGAGGAAGCUGGAAGUGCUGAAAAGAAGAAUUCUUAUGAAGACCCAGCUGUAGAACUGAAACCACUGCACGAUAUUUUAGAGAUUCUUAUACGCAAAUUAAUGAGCACACCACAUGAACCCUACGUACCAAUUGAUGACUCAUUUUGGCCACCUUAUAUUGAGUUGCUGCUGCGAUAUGGAAUUGCUCUGAGACAUCCAGAAAAUCCAUGCAGAAUACGUCUAGAAGCUUUUCAUGCGUAGUGUGACCUACAUCUUUUAUUUUGAAAUGAAACUACUCUUACCUGGAGGCUAAGACAUACUUAUGUUCUGUGAUGAGCUUUUUUAGUAUCAGCAACAGUUACCUUCUGAAUUAAUCCUAACCUGCUUUUCUAUAGCCUUCAUUGUAGUCCAUGGCUGCACAAAAUUCUACUAAUGAUUAUAACCUUGGAGAAUAAAAUAUGCUAUUAAUUAA